UUCCGCAAAGGGAAUGCCAGCUCAAAGAGGAUGCUGUACAGUGUUCCGGUGUGUUUGUAACUGAAUGCACAUUUGUUUACUAGGGACUGUUUUUUUUAUGGACACGUUUGAAUACAUGUGCAAUGUUUGCGUUUGGUCGGAGAUCGUCGUUGUGAAGCAGGAGUGUGUUCUCGAAGUUCUCGCAGCUUGACCCGUGGGCUGGUGUCUGCUGCAGCCGACAUGAGACAGGAAAAAGCAGGGAUGUGCAGGAAAUCUACUGGCUGUGGGCUGUUCACUGCUGUUCCUGCGAGCUGAAGGGAAAACAAACAACCCAGGCGUGUUUGGUGGAGUAUCAGCAUGAACCUGAAAAAGUCCAGAAAUAUCAGAUCCUCCUCCAGCUGUUUGGAUGGGAUCGGGAGACAAGAUGGUGAGUCAAAAAGGAAGAGAAAAAUGGCAGAGAUCACACAAGCGCUGAACGCAACACCUGUGAAUGUGGCCACGCUGAGGAGGAUGGCCAUCAGUGAAGGAGGACUCAUUACCGAUGAGAUCCGCUGUAAAGUCUGGCCUCGCCUACUGAACGUCCCUGUAGAGAACAUCCCCGAAAAGCUUGAUGAAGUGAAUAGAGAGAAUGAUAAGGACUACAACCAGGUGCUCUUGGAUGUGCAGAGAUCCCUGAGACGCUUUCCUCCAGGUAUGCCUGAUGAGCAGAGGAUGGGAUUGCAGGAGGAGCUGAUCGACAUUAUCUUGCGUGUGCUCCAGAACAAUCCCCAGCUGCACUAUUAUCAGGGCUAUCACGACAUCGUAGUCACCUUCCUGCUCGUACUGGGAGAACGCCUCGCCACUGCUUUGGUGGAGAAACUCUCCACACACCAUCUCAGGGAUUUUAUGGACCCCACAAUGGACAACACAAAACACAUCCUCAACUACCUUAUGCCAAUUAUCGAGCGAGUCAACCCAGAGGUGUACGAGUGCAUGCAACAAGCCGAGGUUGGCACCAUCUUCGCCCUGAGCUGGCUCAUCACCUGGUUCGGCCAUGUAUUAUCAGAUUUCCGCCAUGUAGUGCGGUUGUAUGAUUUCUUCUUGGCCUGCCAUCCACUGAUGCCAAUUUAUUUCGCUGCUGUGAUCGUGCUGUAUCGUGAGGAGGAGGUGCUGGAAUGUGAGUGUGACAUGGCCAUGAUGCACCACCUGCUCUCUCAGAUCCCUCAGGAUCUCCCCUACGAGACCCUGAUCAGCCGAGCUGGAGACCUUUUCGUGCAGUUCCCUCCAUCCGAGUUGGCGAAGGGAGUGACUCAGGAGUGCACUCAGCAAACGGCAGCGUCCACCUUCACCGACUUCGGGCUGGCCUCGGCGCAGCAGCGGCCCGACACAGUGCUUCGCCACAGGCGGAGAGAGCAGCAGCAGCAGCAGAAGAAUGGCAACGCCGUCGACCCUCAACGUGGCACCGUGGCUGUGUUUCGACCUGGUGCUCGUCGACUUGUCCGACUAGCGGUAAUGGGUAUCACAGUGGCACUGGGGGCCGCGGCAUUGGCUGUAGUGAACUCUGCUCUGGAGUGGGCACCAAAACUCGACCUCCAGUUUCUGUAACAUGCACCAACCAGACCUGUCGCUCUAAAAAAAAAAACUUUGGGAUGGGCUGUGUUCUUUUUUUAUUUAUAUUUGAGGCCUAACUAAACAAAAGUGUUAUUCACCCAUUCAAGCUGAGGAUCUAGAAUGUAUGAUGAGUAACCCACUACUGAAUCUUGAAAAAGUAUUUGUAUGUUAUGUAUUUGAAAUGCUGUCAAAAGUAAUCGCACGUAAAUUCAAACACAAACUAAUCAUUUUAUGAAACCUUUCAGGUUUCUCCCACAUGCCCAUAUCUCCUCACUUUGCUGGAUCCAUUUGCCCCUGCUUCCUUUCCUUUCUGGACCCAUUCACUACUGAAUCUACCUAGACCCAUCUAUAUUCUCCUACAUUUAUUUUAUUUUUUUUUAGAUCCAUGAACUUGGCCAUGAUUUAAUCAGCUCUCUGAAACUGACCUAACCUUGUUUCCAUAUUUUAACUGGAUUUUUUUUUCUAUUUGCCCCUACUUUCUUACCUUUCUGGACUGUUCUACUCGCCCCUAAAUCUUUACCUUUUAGGACCCAUUCAUUUCCCCAUACCUUCUUACCUUCGGGUCUUGGAAGUUGACACUUGACGCUGCCUACUUACAUCCCCCUUUCUGUACCCUUUACCUAUUCACUUGGUCUCACUCCCCUACUCCUCUAGACACACCCACUCACACACACCUCCAUCAGUUGUUUUAUGCUGUGCCCUAUCUCCUUACUUUACUCACUGAGUUGGACCCAACUGUCAAAAAGUAAUUUUAUUUUAUUAUUUUACCAUUGUAAUCAUGUCCUUCGCCAGCAUAACGAAGGAUUCGUAAAUCUAUCAGGUUGUAGGUACGUAAAUUGUAAUUCAUGUUUGCAGCAUUAACAUUUUCAAACAUUUGAAAGUAAGAUUCGUAAAAGGUUUGUACCUGCAAAAUAGGCUAUUUACAUUUACAAGUGCUGAUUCACAAUAUUGGAUUUUUAUUGAUUACAUCGACAACGUUGUAUCUAGAUGUGCAGAGAUUGCUGAACGGAUAUAUCCAUUAUAAACAGUGUUUUCCCUUUACACUGAAAUAUAACUUCGCGACCAAAACUCUUUAUUGUUAGCACUUUUUUUGUAAAUAUUUCAACUCGUUAUUUUUCAAUAGGACUGAAUAUCAAUAAAUUCUCACGUUUGUAUACUGUUUGUUUAGACGUAAAAAAAAAAAAAAAACCACAUUAUUUCAUUCAUACCAUCUAUAUAUUAUGGUAUACCAUCGGAUUUGAUACAUGAUACCGAAAGCAGACCGAUGCAGAGUAUCAUCUGUCUUUUUUUUUCAUUAUUGAACAACUGCACAUACAAUUAAAAUAUGUUGCUGUAAGAUUUGUCCUUAUUUUCUCUCUGCUAAUGAUGAGCUGUGGAUAGGAAAUGAAUAAACAAUACAUAAAAAGGAGAAAUCUAUCACAUGCUUUCACUGCAUGUACAAGAAUACAGCAAAAUAAACAGUACGUGAAAUUAAUUGGUUAUAAAAAAAAAAAUCUUUGUAAAAACCCAGUGAUCUUACAUAUGUUUUACUGAACAAUUUACCAUGAAAUUAACAGCUACAAUAUUUUAUGCAGCAAUUUCUAGUAUGCACAAUUCCUGUUCCAUUACAGUUUAUUCUGUAAUGAAUUCUGUAUUUUGAAUGUGGAAUACUAAACAGUGGGAUUGCUUAAUUUCUCAAUGGCAAGGUUAUGAAAUUCAUUGUUGUAUAAGAAACGGCGUACACAAAUAUCUGGUUUAUUUUAGAUAUCAGCACAGAACACGUGGUUUUCAAUAAUUAUCACUUUAUAAAAGUCUGAACUGCACCAACACUCAUGCGCAUUCACCAGCUCUGAUUUAAUCCAUAUUAUUACUUGAUUGUAAGUUAUUAAUAAAUCAUUUAUUUGCA